GUUGAACUUUAAGUUGCUACCUUAAAUGUUAAUGACUCGGUAAGAAGUACAUGCAUGUAACUUGACUCCUGACUUUUAUCAAGCUACAUACAAUAAACAAACAUUAUUUUCUCUAUUUUCCAUUUAUAUUUUUACGAAUACUAAAACUUUAGACAAGAUGUCUGCACCGGUAGAGCAGCGCGUAGCUGUUCCUGUUGAUGACCCCAAUGCAGAUACUGAAUGGAAUGAAAUACUCCGCAAGCAUAAAAUCAUCCCUGAAAAGCCUCCAUCACCUACACCUAUGAUCGAGGAGGCUAUAUUAGAAGGCCGCCGAAUUGCAUAUGAGAACAGAUUGGAAGGGAAGGAGCUGGAUGAGCUCGAUGCCUUGGAAGAUGAAGAAGAUGAGGCUUUCUUGGAGCAAUAUCGACAAAAGCGAAUACAAGAGUUGAACAGCUUAACCAAGAAGGCGAUACACGGCACAGUCUACCCAAUAUCAAAACCGGAAUAUUCGCGCGAAGUUACUGAAGCAUCUAACAACGGGCCUGUCUUCGUCCACCUUACUGCUUCCUUAGGAACCAACGUCGAGUCUAGAGUUCUAACAGAGCUCUGGAUGCAGGCAGCAAAGGAAUACGGCGAAGUCAAGUUCUGUGAGAUCAGAGCUGACAAAGCAAUUGAGAACUACCCAGACCGAAAUUGCCCAACUAUUCUUGUGUAUAAGAACGGCGAUAUCGUAAAGCAAAUAGUCACUCUUGUGACUGUAGGUGGUGUUCGAAUGAACAUGAUGAAUAUUGAUGACUUGCUUGUUGAAGUGGGGGCGGUCAAUGAGAAGGAUAUGAGGGUUGUGAAAAGGAAAAGAGAUGCCGAAGACGCCAAAGAAGAAGAGCACAUGAGCAAAGGUAUCAAGAGUGGAAAUUUGAGACACGCAAACGCUAAGGACGAUGACGAUGAUGACGAUGAUGACUGGAAUUGAAGGCAUAUACAGCGUGGGCUAGGUUUUUCAGUGUCUCAAAAAAGUAACCAAAGUAUAAUAUUCUAUAAUAGUCAGAACAAAUUCGAUUCGAUACCGAGAACUCAGACAAGUCAAACAUCUGCAUGGAAGAAUUCUUGGAGAGUAUAAUAAUAUGCAUCCG